AGGCGUGAACGCUCGGCGCCACGACGGUCACACAAAACACAGACGGAGGGAGCUUAUCAUGGGCCUACGAGGAGAGACCGUGGACGAGAUCACACCAGACCAGCAAAACAAUACCGAAGUUAUCGCACAGGUUGGAGGCACAGCGUCCAUUAAAUGCUACACACACCAUCUCGGAGAUGAUAUGGUGUCCUGGCUUAAGAGAGACGAGGACCACAUCUUGACUGCUGGAGGACAAGUGUAUUCCUCGGAGUCAAGAUAUUCAGUGUCACAUGUACGGCAUCAGAAGCUGUGGGAACUGUCUCUAAGAGAUGUUCGCUUGACUGACGCCGGCCUAUACGAAUGUCAGCUGACCACUCACCCUCCGACCUCGCUAUUUUUCACUCUCAAGGUUGUAGAGGCCCGCGCCGUGAUCCAGGGCGCCCCCGAGGUGCACGUGCAGACCGGCGUGCGUCUGCGGCUCCACUGCUCCGUGGAACAGGCCACCGAACCGCCCAUCUACAUCUUCUGGUUCCACAACGGCAGCAUGAUCAACUACGCCCCCAGACGCCCCCUCAAGGUCAUGAAGCACAACUUCGGAAGUUCUCUCAUCAUCUCUAAUGUGACUUGGGACGACGCCGGAUCCUAUCGCUGCGAACCCCACAUGGCUGAGCCGGCGAACCUCACACUGCAUGUCGUGGCAGGAGAGAAGCAUGCAGCCCUGCACAACGGUCAGAAUGACGUCACCGGCGAGGAGACUGUUCCCACAUCAGGCUCCGCCCACCUCUUCAAUGCGCCGCUGCUGAUUGGCUACUUGACAUUGAUACUUGGCAAUUACUGCUUCCAAACGCUUAGCAGCCAUUGGUUAAGGCGAUUAUGAGUGAGAAACCUGUGUGAAAAUGAACGAGAAAAAAGUAAAAUAAAAAAAUAUAUAUGUAUGUCUAUACUGUGUGUGUCUUAUGAGUGAAGGUGUAAAAACUCAAAAGGUUGUUCGUUGUGUAGAGAAGAACAUAUACUUAUUUUUUAAUACACGUGUACUUGUAUAACAUAUAAUGCUAUAUUUUCUUUCUUUUUAUUUUUUUUUUCUCCGACGUCUCCAUGGCGUCACCAUGAGAUAAUAUGAUCCAUAAAUGUUGUAAAUGUGUCAUUUACGUGUCUCAGCGCUAAGGUGUAACCAUACAUAAUAGCACAGACACUUAAUGGAUAACCGGUAAGUUCGGGAAAGGUUUCAUGUGGUGUUGACAAUAAUGGUAAAUGUUGACCUAAUGUUAACCUGAUGUUAACCUGACAUAAAAGGUAAAAUAAAAUGAUUGCACUGCCGUUGCCCAUCAAAGGUCACUCGAAUAUCAAUUCGAACUUGAGCUUCAUUAAGUUUAAAAGAAAGAAAUAAGGGGGAAAGGGGCGACUCUCACCAUCAUCUUUUGGCGAGCAAUCAUCAGCCAGAUCUAAUGCUAAUGAAAUGAUAUGCUGAUAGGCUUAAUGCGCUUUAUAAUUACGAGGAUCUUCUGCUGAGAAUUAUCAUGCCAGUGUGAAUCUCAACACCGAUUCUCAUUUGGUGGUUUUAUCUAGUUACAUAUUGAUAUUGUCAUUAUUGUUAUUAUUAUUAUUUUUAUUUUGA